GGCGGCGGGACGGGCCGGAGCCGCGAUGGAGAAGCCGCGGCGGGCGGUGGUGGUGACGGGGUUUGGUCCGUUUGGAGAGCACGCUGUUAACGCCAGUUGGAUUGCAGUUCAGGAGUUGGAGAAGCUAGGACUGCGAGAUGACGUGGAUCUGCACGUCUAUGAAGUCCCAGUUGAAUACCAGACAGUGCAAAGGCUCAUUCCUGCAUUGUGGAAAAAGCACAGUCCGCAACUGGUGGUUCAUGUAGGUGUUUCGGGUAUGGCUACGACUGUAACUCUGGAGAAGUGUGGCCAUAACGUAGGUUAUAAAGGUUUAGACAACUGCCGUUUCUGCCCAGGCUCUCAGUGUUGCGUAGAAGGUGGCCCAGAAUGCAUCGAUUCCAUUAUUGACAUGGACACGGUUUGCAAGAGAGUCUCAGCGCUGGGGCUGGAUGUCACGGUCACUAUAUCUAAGGAUGCUGGCAGAUACCUCUGUGACUUCACUUACUACACUUCCUUAUACCAGAGCCGCGGGAGGUCGGCUUUUGUUCAUGUGCCUCCGCUGGGAAAACCAUAUACCGCAGAACAGCUGGGUCGGGCACUACAGGCUAUAAUAGAAGAAAUGCUUGAUGUUUUGGAGCAUUCUGAAGACAAAAUCAAUUGUCAGCAUGAACACUGAGAGCAGGCAGAAGCUAUUCUAGUAUUGCACUUCCAAAAUUUUCCCUGUUACUGAAGUACUGGGGAAAACAGUCUGAAACCUACAGACCCAGAAUUGGAGACUUCAAAAAAGGAAAAUUCCACUUCUAGAAAUUGACGUUUUUUUGUCAAAUGUGUACAUUUCAGCCUAGGCAACAGAGGAUUCAAAAAUCUCUUCUUUAAAACACCUGCAACUACUCAUUUCUGAAGUGACUGAAGUGUGUGUGCUGUGCUUUAUCCAGAGCUUAUCUGUCAGCCAAGUGACAGCUACUGACCGGUCUAAUACAGCGCAGAUGGAAAGUUUCUCAUCUGGACUUGGUGUUCAGGUGCAGGGAAUUGAUCACCCAGUCUUCUAAUGACUAGUUCUUAAGUUGAAAGGUUUGCUUUCGCUUUGUUUUGGGUUGUUGGUUAUUUUUUUUUUCUCCUCUUUGGCCCAAAUUAGAGGUUAUAAUGUAGAAGUAUAACUGAAAAGAGUUGGAGUGGUGUGGGUUUGUGGUGAAACAGCGCUUGGUGGAGACAAGGAGUCUUUGAAAUUGCUUUGCUGAAAUGGAAAAAUAUUUUAGGCACUGAUUUCUCACCCCGCAUGGUCCAAAUAUUCGUAGGGUCCUCUGAAAUGUGCUGGUUAACUGGUAGCUGCAGAUAGAAGGGAUGUGUUUUGGGUUCCUUUUGUUGUGGAGCAGGAGAUGGCUUUUGGUCGUUGUUUUUCUGGGUUUUUUUGUAAACAGUAUAAGCCUAAUUUGCGCCUAAUAUUUCCAAAUGUCUUUUUUUAUUAUGUUCUCGAUGCCACCUUCCUCACUCAAGUCAACCAUAUACCUCCUGUACAAAACACAUUGUUUCAUAUGUGUAUAAAGCAGAUUGUUAGCAGUUAAAUAGCUUUGCUAAAGGCCACUUUCUCCACAGGAGAUCUUUAUCCUAGACUUUUGGUGCUAGCUGUUAUUUUUAAGGUGAAGGUUGAGUAAUUUAUAACUUCAUUGGUUAUAAAUUUUCAUUCUCGUUAAGGGUUAGGUGAAGAGUAAUGUUUGACUUAGAAUUUAAGUUGCCACCUUGAUUUAUUAUAGGCGUAAAUAUGCGAACGUGCGGAUUUGAAGACAUUCUGCCAAAUCAAAUCUAAAAUCUUAAACCUAUUCCCACUGUCUGUAAUCCAGAGGCGAUUAUUUGAAAACUAGGAAUUUUGCUUAGAAUGAGUAUUUUGGGCUGUUCAUUAGUGUCCCCCUCCCAAUGGGAGGGUACAAAGAGCUGCUUCUUAUGUGAACUUUCCCCAGUAAUUAAUUUGGGGAAGUGUACAUGCAGGUUCUAAGCAGGACUUUAGAAGCGGUUGACGCUAGUCCUGCGUGUAGGUUUGCUUCCAAAUGACAAGACUCCAGCGAAAGACAGAUGAUGUUACAGUGGGAACAGAUGCAAAAUGGGUAAUUGAUGACCGGUAGGUCUCAUUGAGGAGCCAUUUAAAUGAAGAGGUCUGUGAUUUGAUUCUAAUACUUCUACAAAUAUAUAUAGAUAUAUAUAAAACAACAUUUUGAAACGUUUUAAAAUACCAUUAUUUUAAUUUUUCUAAUUAUGAAUGAUUCUGCUAUAGUAUCUCUCAGUGAGAGCUGCCAUUAACUUGCUGUUUUCCAGUAGAAGUCUAGUGACAAAGGAAAUAAGGCUUCUCCUUGUAACCCUUGAGAGAGGACGAAGACUUCUGCAGUUGUAAUAACUAAGAUUUUUGGAUAGACUUCUGGUUUACCGAGGAAAUUACCGCUGUAUUUACUCUACAGGCUUUCCUGAUCAAAAGAAUUUGCCUUCAAAGUAAAUGUUCUCUUUUGCAUUCAGAUACGAAGUAGCACUUGUCAGAUUGUCAGCAGGCAGGCAGACUUUCUGAUUAGUAAUUUAUUAUAUUUAAUAUUUUGUUUAAAUAUUCGUGGUUUGACGCAUUUUUGCAAAUAGUUGAGCUACUUAUCUUGUAGGUUUAUUCCUUUAUCUGGUAAGAAGUUUUUGUCAUCAGUGUAUCUUAGCUGCUAAACUUUUAAGAGAGGAGUAAUUUACAUAUUAAGCUAAGUUCAGCAAUUGAUUUAAGUAAUUUUCAGUAAUGCUAUUUAAUUUACGUGUAAUGUAGUUGUGAAUAAAAUGGGAGUGGAAGAUGAACAGCUUAGUGAGGUGAUAACAAAAAAAAACCAACCUAACUGUGGAAUCCAAGCGGCCGUAGGAAGGGCUGGUUGGCCCAGCGAUGCCCGGGGAAGGUGUGGAGGCAGGUCGCCGGUCAGGCUCUCUGGAUGAUAAAUGUCUCUAAGCGAGAUGGCCGUCUGUCCGUGUCUGUCGAACCUUUAUUCUUCCUCUGAGCGUGUGAGCGGACAGCCUCAGAGAUCCUCACUGGACGUGGCUGAGGAGAAGUGGCUCCAAAUUCAUCGGCAGGGAAGGUAGACAGCGGUGGCUGCGUGGGGAGAACGGCUUUCCGCCUUAGUUUAUUCAGCCUGUGGGGUAUAUGUCCUGUUCAACACCUAUACAUAUUCUUUCUUGGGUGCUCUCUGCCAUUCAAGGGGAAAAUCUUGAGCCGAUUUCUGCGACUGCUGUUUGUCUAAGGACUGCAGUGGUUGACCUUCUACAUGUCAGUGUUAAAAAUCUCAUUUUGGGAAAAAUUUUGCUUUGGGUGUCACUUUGAGCUGUAUGUUUCCUCAUAGUCUGUUUUUGUGAAGCUUCCAUGUGAUCAGUUUCUUAGAAAACAUAAUUUAUUUUAUAAUCUUUUGGGGUUUUUUGAGAAUUAGUCCUCAGAGAUUGUAUUUGUAAAGGGUGUCUUGGUGGUAGAGAAGUUUUGUAUAGUGAAACUUUUAAAAAUGGCAUUAAACUAAUUUUAUUUAAUCUGACCUAAAUUAAAUACUUUUUGUUUUUUGAAAGCUUUUUGUUAAACUCAUUAAUUCAUAAUGCCUUUUCUAUAAGUGCAUAUUUUCUUUGGAAAUAUGACGUCAAACCGAUGCAGAGCUUCAAAGAGCCGAUGUUUUGUGUAAUACUUACUGUCUGCUUUCUCUUCCAGAUCAUCAAUAAAUAGAAUUUGCUAAUUUGCACUGACUGGGGGAACCUGUUGCCAACCACAAAAAAAUUCCAUGCUAGUGAGUAAGUGUAGGAAGUCCAGGUUUAGUGUUAAUUACUGUGCCUGCAAUUUGUAAAAUGUAAAAACUGGUAGAGUUUUAGAAUCCUGUGACUGCAAAAUUGUCUCUGGGGAUACGCUUUACGGAGAAACGGGAGAGAGAAUAUUUUGUGUGGAAGAGAGAAUUAGGGAGGUUCCACUGUAUCGGGUCUGAUGUCAUUUUAUUUACUUGCCAACAGCUUGGAGUAGGGACUGGCUAACGUGUUGGUGAAGUUUGUUGGUGACAACUUAAUUGUUUCUGUUAUUAAAUGCUGCGGAGGAUUUUGAGGGACUCCGGAUACUCGUAAACUCCUUCAUCAUUUGGUGACUGUGAUGUUGUGAGAUGUUUCCUUUGAAUUAAACAUGGUAAUCUGCUUUAUAAAACAUAGCAAAAAAGAAACUGUGAGCUUGAAAGUUUCUGUACCUUAAAGACUCAUGGGGGACUUGAUCCUUCUGGGUCCCUUCCAACUUGAGAUAUUCUAUGAUUUUACGGUAUGGUUGAAGGUAAACGCCCAUUCUACAGAAGCUAUUUGUUUUGGGUUUUUUUCUUUUUUUGUCAGCUCUUGGAAAGGAUGCCAAAAUCUGUAAGAUUUUGGAGCAGUUUAUGUUUAUCUGGAGUGUUCCCCAACCUGAUUGCUUCCUCCUAAAGGUGGUAGUAGUGGGAAAGGAUGAAAAGGUCAUGAAGAUGGUUAGAGGUGUUGAGUGUGGUUGUGACAUGAGACUGCAGCUGAGAACUGCUGAGCUUCAAGAGUCCUUCCAGGAGGGACCUGACUGAGGGCGUUCAAAAGUUUAAGACUUCAUGAAAACUAACCGAUUGCUCUGCUUUCACCCCGAAGAGGAGGGAAAUUCAAAGGCCAGGCAAGAGUAAAAUUGAGAGAAAUGCUUCCUGGCUGAUUCCUUGCGGAAAUUGAGAAGGCGUUUGCACGCAGCAUCACGUUGUGAAGCGUAGCCUGAUGCUUUGGGUACUGCUUGCUGCCCACAGCGGGGAAAACAGACUCAUUGAACCAGGGCUCUGAUCUAAUAUAUCUCUGUAGGGUUUGUACUGCACGUACUGUGGUAAGUUUGGUAGGAAACUGUACUAUUUGUAUUUACUUGCCUAGACAGUCACGCUUAGAUGUAGCAUUCAAACUCCAGUGUGUCUCUCACUGUUCUGCUGGUCAUGCAGGCAAUAUUUAACCUUUUAGUGCCUCAGUCAGCUGGCAAAGGGGAUUAUUCCGGGCCACCGUCACGUAGUGCCAUGCCUGGAAUAAAAGCCGAAGAGCUUCCAGGCCUGCAGACUUGCAAAUGGGCAGCACAGACUCCCAGUGUUGUUAUUUUUGUUAAUUAAAAGGCUAAAAAACUUAAAAUCCACCAAAGUUUCUUCUAAUAAAUAAUCGUCGUUUGAUUGUGUGAUUUGUUGACCUCGUGUGCAGGCUUUCUAAUGAAAUGUGUAAGAGGAAUUACAGUAGGAGGAGCUUCUUAAAAGCAAAAAUGGGAAAACCAUGUAAAUGAGUUGAAUUGGUAAUUCCCCACUAACACAAGAGCUAGUGCUAGACUAAAGCAGCAAUUGUGGUCCGACCGUGUUAUUUCAUGGUUGAACUUGUGACUCCUGCAUCUUUUUUAACUCACAGUGCAGCUGAUGCUCAGACACUAAAGCUACUUUAAGAGUGAGUGGUAGUGUUUGAAAGCUGACUGGAAACCAGUAUGUUCAGAUGUAGAAUGUACACUGGUGUGGGUUCUUGGUUUUGUUGUUUGGGUUUUUUUAAUUACCAUUUUCAGAUUUGAUCCCGCAGCGCAGAUAAAAAAAAUUGUCGGCAAUUGAUUUGUACAAACUUUCACAAAGUAACUUCCUUCCUAUUGUUUCCGUUCCUUUCUUUAAUAUGCCAUCCGAUAAUAUUUUAAGGAGAGAAAUUUCAGAGUUGCGAAGGCUUUCUUUCAAACUGUAUCUGUUGGCUUGGAUAAAAUACUCCUAGCUGAUACCAUAAGUACACAUCUUGAUGUAGAUGGAUUUGUUAUUUUUGCACCAGAAACCCUAAUGUUUUGUAGUAUGAAGUGCACUUUUUCUUAAAAAAACAAAAACUUGUAUUCAUGUCUGAUUAGUGUCUUAUGUGAUGAAAGUGAUAUUCUGCCAAACCUCCAAAGCUGAGGAUAUUGUUGAUUCUUCAUCGUAUUAAUUGAAACCCGAGAUUCGCUUCUGCUCAGUCUAUUUUAAGACAAAGUAGAGAAGAAAAUGCCUCCACAUAGGUAGGAAUUAAAUAUAGGAAAUUAAACUAUACACUGCCCUUAAAUAAAACUCUGUGCUACUUAAAUACACGUUCAGGUUUUCUAUUGCACCAGCUUCUUAAAUUGCAAAUGUUUACUUUGAUUAAACAGGGAGUGCCUUGUCCUGUGCUGGGCUCGCGGUUGGGAAGCAGAGUGGUGGUGAUGGGGACGGACAAGCCAUCUGCGCGUGAGGUGGGUGGAAAGGCUGGGCUUUCGGUGCUGGGAGAAACUGCUGAACUUGGUCAGUAUCCCCUUUAUCCAAGGAUGCUCUUCAGAAACUGCACUGAAUUGGGUUCUCGAGCUUUUCUGACACACUCUUGGACCCGACAAAGGAAAAACCAGAAUAUUUCCUACUUGUCGCUCUCAAUUAGGUUGGCCAAAUCCGUGAGGGUUAUUCUGUCUCUUCUUUAAGGUUAGGUGUUUUGUUUGGACUCUGUUGUGCACGUUACAGCAUCACUCAGCCUCUUGGCUCCUCUGUUCGUUAAUUGUGGUGAAAUAACUUGUCUGUCUGGGUAUCUCAGGUGUUGCCGAUGUCACGCUUAGCAGGACUCUUGGAGCUACAAUUCUAAAUCUGUUGGGGCUUCUGGUUUUCUCAGUGUGUUCUUGCAGUGCCUUGUAAAACCAAACAAUCUAGUGUGUCACAAAAGGGCUGUGUAAUAAAGAACCGUUAACAUACUUUCAGCUUGCUAUUGCUAGACUGGACUUUGUAACUGAAAAUUUAAACCGAUGUUUCAAAGUAAAUAAAGAGUUUAACUCUGA